UAUUUUUGACAUCUAUCAAUUAAAAUUUAAAUACAAAUUUCAGUGUAAUGAAUUUUUCAGCAAAAACAUUAUUUAAAAAAUCCCUUAGUGUUACAAAAUUUACCAUACGAAAAUGUUCUACAGUUCCUCCUCCCAAAGAACCCGUUGUUACUGUUCUAAACGCUGCCAGUGAAGUUGGACAAAGACUUGCGUUCUUACUGAAACAGAACUUUUACAUUGGAGAGUUACGACUGUAUGAUAAAAAUAAGAGCAUUUGCAAUAUCGCCGAAGAUUUGAGUCACAUCGACACUAAAACAAAAAUAAGGUCAUUUGUUGGAGUGAAUGUCUUACGGCAGGCAGUUACAGGAGCCGAUAUAGUGGUAACUGUAGGAGGAGAUCAAGUAUCAACUAAAGAAACUUUUGAGGAAAUUUUCAAUAGAAAUGUUAACGACGUACGAAUAACAGCACUGCAUUUGACGGAAUUUAAUCCUAAAGGAAUAUUUUGUGUUGCCAGACCACCGGUUGAAGCAUUGGUACCAUUAGUAUCAGAGGAAUUUAAAAAAGCAGGAGUAUAUGACUGGAAAAAAAUUUUUGGUGUCACAACUAUAGCUUCCAUGCGAUCGAACAGUAUUAUAGCAGCGAAAACAAAGCACAAGCCCUUAAAUAUGGUAUGUCCAAUAGCAGGAGGCUUGAGUAAUGAAUGUUUUGUACCCGUCGUAUCCCAAGUUAGACCCCAAAUUGCUGUAAAUGGAAGAGACAUUCGGCAACAAAUUUUGAAUAGCGAACACGACAUUUUAAAAUUAUAUUGUGAAGAAAAGGUUGUAUGCCUUACGCCUGCUUUAGCGAUAUCACGUUUCAUUAAUACGUUGUUGAAAACCUUAAAAGGUCAAACGAACUGUGCCGAAUGUGCUUUUGUAAGGCAAAUGGGUCACAUAGGAAAUUUUUUGCCUUAUAUGACGUCAAUAGUGAGAUUGAGUCGUCAUGGAAUUUUAUCUAGCCACAUGCCCAACGUAGAUGGUGAAGAAAGUGUAUUGCUUCAACAGAUGGCGAUACGCAUAAAACAGUACAUCAAAUACGGAGAAAGCUUCGUAACUGGUGAACCGCAAACUGUGAAAGAAAAAUUACCAAAACCAAAGGAUAUUCAUAUUAAGACCUAUGCACAAAAAUCGCCCACUACAGAAACUGUCAACGCUUCAUAAAUUCCAAAUAUUCCAUUCUUUUGUUAUUUGAAUUUUUGUUAUUUCUAGUAAUUUGAUUUAGUAUCUAAAUAAAUUUUUCGACAA